CCCAGCCAACACCGAAUCUCCCCCGAUCUUAUCAGCAAUCCGUGUUACUGGCCCUAUCUAUCUAGCCAUCUGAACCACGGCCGAGCACAAGCUACUCCUGCACGUUAGACAAAGCGUCCGGAGGAAUGGAUGAUAAGCAGAUAUUCCGCACCAUUGGCCCCGCUUGCUGCAAUCCCCACCUGAACAUGAGAUAGGAUCGGUAAGACAGCGGGAUGAUCAUCCCACCAGACGGACAUAUAAGACCAAGCCUAUCAGCAUUCCUUCAUCUCGAACCCCCAUUCUCAAGUUAUAUCCCACCCCACCACCACAGUUCCAAAUGACCAUCCCAGCCUGGCAACAAGCCGCCGAAUUCAAGCGUCAAUCCACGCUCGACGCCAUCCCCGAGAAAUGGCGGAUCAAGGGCCCCAUCCCCUCCCCCACAGAGCAGCGCGACGUGACCGGUGCUUAUAUCCAGCAAUUCUUGACCGAGCGCGAGAUUGCAAUCACCGAGACCGACGCCGUGGGGAUCACUGAGCGCACCACAACGGGCCAGUGGACGGCCGUCGAAGUGACAGAGGCGUUCUGCCAUCGUGCUGCGCUGGCGCAUCAGCUCGUCAACUGUCUCCACGAGGUCUUCUUCGACAAAGCUCUCGAAACCGCCCGGGUUCUCGACGCCUACUUCGCUCAGAACGGCAAACCACUAGGUCCUCUACACGGCCUGCCCGUCAGUCUCAAAGACCAGUUCCACAUCCCUGGAGUAGAAACCACCAUGGGCUACGUCGGCUGGAUCAACACCUUCCAAGGGAUCUCCCAGGACUCCCGCUACCUGACUCACGAAAGCGAACUCGUCAAAGAGCUCCGCGCCGCCGGGGCCGUUCUCUACUGCAAAACCAGCGUCCCCAUGACCCUGAUGGCCGGGGAGACGAUGAACAACAUCAUCAAUUACACCCAGAAUCCCAAGAACCGGUUUCUCAGUUCCGGGGGCAGUUCUGGGGGUGAGGGGGCGCUGAUCGCGCUGCGGGGUUCGCCGGGCGGGUUUGGCACGGAUAUCGGGGGUAGUAUCCGUGUGCCGGCCGCGUUUAAUGGGCUGUAUGGUAUCCGGCCGUCCGUGGGGCGGAUGCCCUACGAGGGGGCGGCGAAUUCAGGCGAUGGUCAGAAUGUGGUGUUGUCGGUGAUCGGGCCAUUGGCUACGUCGGCGAGGGGGUUGACGUUGCUCUUCAAGUCGGUGUUGGGGCAGAGUCCAUGGUUGGGGGAUCCAGGAGUGUUGGAGAUCCCGUGGCGGGAAGAGGUAGAGAAGGAGACGAGGGAGUUGAUCCAAAGGGGGCCGGAGGGGUUGGCCUUUGGGAUUAUGUACGAUGACGGGGCGAUUCAGCCCCAUCCACCGAUCAAGCGAGCAUUGAAGAUAGUGGAAGACACAGUCAGGGCACUGGGACAUCGGCUCAUCCCCUGGCAACCCCCAUCUCACCACACGGCCAUGGACAUAGCCGACCGAGCCUACAGCCUAGACGGCGGCGCCGACGUACUCCAAAACUUCGCCCUCUCGGGCGAACCCCCCCACCCCCAAAUCGUCAUCGACACCACGGGCUCCCCACAAAAGGUAGCCCAAGAAAUUGCCGCCCUGAACGUCGAGAAGCGCGAAUACCAGAAACGCUACCUCGAUUACUGGAACAGCACCACCCAGUUGACAGGGACGGGCCGUCCCGUCGACGCGGUGAUUUAUCCCUGUGCGGCGCAUGCGUCGGUCAUCCCGAGGAAGUAUGCGACGGUGGGGUAUACGUCGUUCAUCAAUGUGUUGGAUUAUACGAGUGUUGUGGUGCCGGUGACGAAUGCGGAUAAGGGGGUGGAUGUGGUGACGGAGAGAGAGUAUUUGAGUGAGUUGGAUCGGAAGACGGAUGGGGAGUAUGAUGCGGAGGCGUAUGAUGGCGCACCAGCUGGGAUCCAGCUCUUUGGACGGCGUCUGCAGGAAGAGAAGAUCUUGGUGCUGGCGGAGUAUCUGGGUGAGAAGAUUAAGGAAGCAUAUGCUUGAUUGGAACCAGUUCAUCACGUACUACAAUGAUAUUAUGGAACAUGGAUCAUGAGAUUGGAAGAGUCUCUAGAACAAAGUACAAGAAUGUAUAUGGCAAUAGUCAUAGUCAUGUCAUGAAGCCCACUGGCUGU